CGAGACUUGUUUGGUCGGUCACGUGAUCUCGCGUGGCCAAGACGUUGCAGGGGCAAGUCAGUUGGGUCGGGUGUCGAACUGGACGCCGGUAGGCCGCUUUCCCAGUUCUCUCUCUCUCUCUCUCUCUUUUCCGGGCUACGGGCGGCUGGAUUCUUUCUCUCUUUCUCCCAUUUGUGCAGGCUGACACGUUCUCUCGCCCCGGCCUUGGGUCGAAGCCGGGAAGGGUACACUCGGAAGACGGGCUGCCUCCGAGGGAUAGAUAGGUCUGUGCUGCGGCGCCCCCCGAGGCUGGUGGCCCAGGCAAGUCCUCGGGCUGGCUUUGGCCUCCCUUGUCGGAGCCGUUCAGUUGCCUCGCAAUGAAUGACUGCUGUGCGCGCGAGGAGCCUUGGCGCGUCGUUCGCGGCUCGUUUUCCCACGGCGUCCCUGGCAGCGUUGCCUCCCUAAGACUCCCCGCGAAGGAGCCAUCUGACGGGUUGACGGAUUGACGGUUCGCCUUUAUAGCGGUUGGUGGCUUUUGUAAAGUUAAGUGGCCUGCAGUCAUUUUCUGGCAGAACUGAGAUAAAUUCUAUUUGAUUUACUCCAAUGAAUUCAAGUUUCAAACAUUAUCCAGUUAUCCUUAUAUCCAACAACAAUGAGAUUUCUACUGGUUUUUGAUUUUGAUCAUACAAUUGUAGAUGAGAACAGUGAUACCUGGAUUGUUAAAUGUGCACCGGGUUCAAAACUUCCUGAUGAAAUAAUAAACUCCUAUCAAAAGGGACAUUGGACAGAAUACAUGGACAGAGUUUUUAGAUAUCUGGGAGAUAAUGGAGUAAGAGAAGAAGAUAUGAAAAGGACUAUGACAACAAUCCCAUUCACUUCAGGAAUGAUAGAUCUUUUAGAUUUUAUUGGCAAACACAAAGGCUUUUUUGAUUGCAUAAUUAUAUCAGAUUCCAAUACUGUCUUUAUUGACUGGAUUUUAAAAGCAGCAAAUGUUUUUCAACUAUUUGAUGAAGUGUUUACAAACCCUGCAAGUUUUGAUAGCUUUGGCUAUCUUUCUGUACAGAAUUGUCAUAUCCAUGAUUGUACAAAGUGCCCCAUAAAUUUGUGUAAGAGGAAAGUUUUAGAAGAAUUUUUAGAAAGCAAUUUAACUUCAAGAGUUAAAUACUCACAAAUUGUAUAUAUAGGUGACGGGGGAAAUGAUCUGUGUCCUGUAAUGUGUUUAAAAAAGAAUGAUGUUGUUAUGCCACGCCAUGGGUAUAUUUUGGAGAAAAUGAUUUCUCAAUUAGCUCAGGAUCUUGUUCCAUUGGAAGCAUCAGUUCUCCUUUGGUCUUCUGGUGUUGAGAUUCUUGCCUACUUAGAAUUGCUUAUAAAAGAAUAGUUCCCAUUUAGCCUAACAACAGCAACUUGGUGCUACUGUCUUGCCUUUCUCAUAGUAGAACCUUUCUUUAUGGAUAUUAGAAAAAUCACAUGUUGUUUACAUCAUUUUGUCUUCCCUUUCCUUGUAGAAAAUCAAUAUAUAGUUAGUAGGAUGAAUAAUUUAAUGAAGCAGAUGCCAAAAUUAUUAUUAAAUGUAAUAGUCAUCUGUGUCAUUUCAGAUGAACUAUUAAGGUCUGUUCUAUAAUAUAUGGUAAAUUCUGUUUAAUUAUAUAUUGGCAUCCAUGAUAGUAUACAUUCAAAUUGGCUCUUACCAAUAAAGAGGAGGGGAAAGCAAAUCCCAUUGUGUAAGUGGAAAUCCCGCUCAAAUAAUUGCCGUCAUUUGCUGUUUUUCAAAAAAAAUAGCAGAAUAUUAUUUCUUAGAAUUGAAAAACACUCUCAUAGUCCUGUAAAACCAUAGAGAUCCAGAUUAUUUUUGUAACCAAUUACAAUACAACAGUUGGUUGCAGUUUAGUGGUAUCAAACUGAAAGAAUGCAUAAAUAAAAAUAAUACCCAUUUUUCUCCUAUUUAACAAAUAUUCUACAUCAGUCAAUCUGGUUAAAGGUAAUGCACCAAUACAAAUAAAUGUAGGCAAUACUGACUACUGUUUAAUACUAUCUGAUUUAACUGUCCAUAGAAGUGUUGGUUUUAUCUGCAAAUAAACCAUAAGAAUGCAAAUGAGAUGAUGCACAGAGAGAGAUGUAUUUCCUUUCAUAAGCAAAAUACUUUAUAUGAAUCCAGUUCAAUUCUGUGCAUGUUUACUAAGAAGUAGGCCAGUGGGAUUUAUUCCUAAGUAAACUACGUAGAACUGAAGCCUUACAAAAAAUAAUUAUGUAAAAUGAAGAGUAUAAUAUGUCAGUGCCACAAAGACAAAAUCACUGCUUCAAUUUAUUACUAAGGCACCACAUUUAUCUUUGCUAAUACCUGUGAGGUAUAAUCUUUCUUUUUAUGUAAUUUUGUUACAAAUAUGAAAAUCUUGGAACAGGAGGACUGUAUUAGGCUAUCUGCAAAAAAUAUGACAUUGUCUUUUUCAACUAGUAAAUGUUAUUAAGAGGCAUAAGCCUUCAUAAGCUGAAACUCAGUUCAUGACAAUCUAUGCCUUUUAUUAAAAUUGGUUAGAAAAUGUGCUGCCAAACUCCUCUUAAUAUAAAAGUUAUAUCUGGAAGUUUUAAAAAAGGGCAUAAAUUGAUAAGCAGUUUUGUGUUGGUCUUUUUAGCCUUUGCAAAAAGUGAAUGUGUGAAAAUUGGUUUAAUAUGUAGAAUUGUAUAUAUGGAUAAUGUAUUUUUUUAGUUUAAAAUUAAUGAAAGGAGAAGAUUAAAAAAUUAGUUCAAUAUUAGCUGGCUCUCAGAUAUUAAUUUAUGUUGGUCUUAAUGAGUAGGUUAUUUAACUAUCUGGUAAAAUUUCAGAUAUUGAGUACAUUUGAUAUAGUGAACAAUGAAUUUGCUUAGAAAUCCGUAUUUCACUUGUUAUUCUUUGAAAUACUAUGUGCCUACUAAAAUUUUUGGAAUAUGUGUACUAUUUAAAAUAACAAUGAUUAAUUUAUCCCAUUUGUAGUUUUUAUUUAAGAUGUAUGCUUAUAAAGAUAACAAUUAAAUAUUUUAUUACUGAAACUACCUGUUAAAUAUUUUGCCUUAACUGUAGAAUAUAGUGAUUAUAUAAAUCAACAGAAACAACAUGCUGUAUUGGACCUAACCUAACAGAUGUUUAGUUGAUUAGUAUAAAAAGAACAUUGGUUUUCUAUUUCUUCCUCUGUUGGCGAUACACUAUAUAUUAAAGCUUUUUCUAACAAA